UGCUGAGUGAGAGGAGGGACAGGGUGAUGGGCAGAGCAGCUUAGCUGUUCUGACGGCCAUCACACGCCGCUAGAGCGAUGACGGGGUGUUCUCCACUAGUGGCUAACCGGUAGUUGACUGGCUCAACUACUGUUUUAGGUUUUCCUAAUCACGACGAAUUUUUAGGCGGCUCACGUAGUAACUUCACUGGUUGAGUAACUCUCCUCAUAGUAGUAUUGGUUCACUCCAUGCUAGGACCGCCUAAUACAGUCACCUGUUGCCUGCAGCCAUGGCAGCGGCAUCCAUGCCGCCGCGCCUCCAUUCCCACGUUGCCCUCCUUGCAGCGCUCGUCAUUUUGACAUCAACAUGUCGGCCGUGCCGCGGCGAUAGAUGGGCGUCCAACGGCGCGGCGCCGCACUUAGCGGAACGCGCGUUCACGUGCGUGCACGACUCGCACGUGGCGGCGCGCAGCAGAGAGCACACUCGGCGACAGCUGGCUUCGUACCGCACUGGGUUCGGCGUGGGUGAGUGGGCUCGUCAGCGCCCCUCUCCGCCGUCGCGCCAGCUGCUGGCUUCCGCCUCUCCCGCCGGGACCGUCGCCGCCGCUUCCGCCUCUCCCCCGCGCCCCCUCCGCUUCCACGCGGUGUCAUCGGUGGAGCAGGACCUACCCGACGACCCGCAGCGCGCCAAGUACAUCCAAGGCACGCUCGUGCCGGACGUGCUCAGCUACCUGGGGCGGCUGCUGUCGGUGCGCGUGCUGCCGCCCGACCCGCUGCUGCUGCCCGUGACGUGCGCUUCGUUCACCGCGCUCUCCAACGGCUCCUCCGCGUGCACGCAGCUCGCGCCCAUGUGCCACGCAGAGGUGGGCAUCAACGUGGAUCCUUCCCUGUUGGCCGCCCACUCGCUCUGCCAAUCAGAGGACCCCGCCACUUGUGGAGAGGUGGCAGCCGGGGCAGGCAUACCUGGUGCUGACGUCAUCCUCUUCCUCUCAGCCAAGCAAACGGCGACGUGCGCCAGCACAUCAGCGGCGUCGCACGCGUCGCACUGCGCGGUGGACCCGGCGUCCAACCGCCCGCUCGCCGCCUACCUCAACCUCUGCCCGCUGGCUUGGCGCGCAGUGGGGCAGCACUCGCCCUCCUACGACUCGCAGUACCACGUGGUGCUGCACGAGUUGACCCACGCGCUCGCCUUCAGCUCCGCGCUCUUCCCGCUCUUCAAGGACGCGCAAGGCCAGCCGUACGCGCAGGUGGUGGCGACCACCCAGCAGCCCGACGGCAGCAGCGUGUCCAAGAUCGUGACGCCCGCCGUGGUGGCGGCAGCCCAGCAGCACUUCGACUGCCCCUCGCUCGACGGCGCCCAACUGCACUCGCUGCCCCUCCAGCCCGCCUCCUCGCCCUCCUCGCCCUCCUCCCCUGCCUCCUCGCCCCCGCCCCCCGCGUCAGCGAACAGCAGCGAGUGGGCGUCGCUGGUGGCGGCAGCGCAGCCUCAGGGGGCAGCCACGGGGGGAGUGGCGCUGGAGGAGGGGGAGAUAGUGAGCAGCCAUUGGAGCGUGCUGCGCUUCGACCACGAGUACAUGACCCCGCUGCUGGACGGAGUGCCGGUGGUGUCAGCGCUGACCCUGGCGCUCUUCCAGGACAGCGGGUGGUACGCCGUCACGCCGGGCAUGGCGGGCAUGCUCAAGGCCGGCUACCAUAAAGGCUGCAAGGCCGCCACUGCACCGCUCUCCUGCCCACCCUCCUCCGCCUCCGCCUCUGCUCCUCUCUCCUCCCCCUCUGCCUCCACCCCCCCCGGCUUCUGCUCUGCGGCGGACCUCAACCGCUCAGCGUCCUUCUCCGCUGGGGGGAGCGUCAGAUGGGCGCCCAUGCCCCUGACGUGCUCGUCUGACUUCCUCUCCGUCGCCACGUGUGACUCUGGCUGCCCUCCCUCCUCCUCCUCUGCCUCGGACUCCGCCUCGUGCCUCUUUGGCACGUGCAAGCACAAGACCAGUGUGGAGUCACAGCGCUGCCAGGCGCCCAGGGCGCCAGCGGAGAGCCGGUCGGCGGCGGUGCAGCAGUACGGCAUGGGGUACGGGCCCGCCUCGCGCUGCUUCCCCCACGGCCCGCACUUCUUCGACUACGCCUUUGGCUCUGGCGCCGUACCGCCCCCCGGCGCCGGCUGCUACCCCAUGCGCUGCGUCGACUCUGCCGCCUCUAACUCCCCCUCCGCCACCUCCUCGGGGGACACCCCCGGCAGCAACAGCACCACCCUCGCCCCCAAGGCGCACGCGCCCUCCUCCUCCGCCAAGCGCCAGCUGCGGGGGAAGGGCAGGGGCAGGGGGCGGGGGAGAGUGGUGGUGGAGGUGAGGGUGGGCGGGCGGUGGUACGCGUGCCCCACGGGGCAGAUGGUGGCGCUGGACCAGGGCGGCGACUUCCAGUCGGGCAGCAUCGGGCCGUGCCCCGACAACAAGCGCCUGUGCAUGGGCGCCAUGUGCGCCAACGACUGCUCGGGGAAAGGCAUAUGCCACAACAGCACGUGCUACUGCCUGCCCGGCUAUGCUGGCACUGACUGCAGCCAGGUGGCCUGCUCGCCCCUCUCCCUCACGCCCUCCUCCUCCUGCCGCCCCCCUGCCUCCUGCGACCACCCCUCGGGUCUCUGCCUCCUCCCCUCCGGCCGCCCCUCCCCCCUCCCCCUCGCUGCAGCUCCCCCCUACACCCCCCCUCCGCCCCCCUCCCCUCCCGCCCCGCCUGUCUUCCCCCCUCCCCUCGCCCCUGGAAGCAACACCAACACCAGCACCGCCAACAGCAACAGCACCAACAGCACAAGUGGCAGUGCGGGGUUGGAGGCCCCCCAGCAUGGGGUGCUGGUGAGCAGCGUGGUGGUGCUGGGCGGCGCCAACAUCAGCGCCAUCAGCGACGCGGCACGGCUGCAGGAGUUCCAGGCGCAGUUCAAACAGCAGAUGAGCGCCGCUGCGCGCGCCACGGGGUACACGGGGCAGGUGGAGGUGGCCAUCGACGCCAUCUACGCCGGCAGCAUCCUGGUGCAGUCCACCGUCAACUUCUACCAGGCCAGCAGCUAUGGCAUGCCACAGCUGCUGCUCGACAACCUCAUCACGUCCCCCGCACUCAUCUUUGCGUCGUCGUCCUACUUCCUGGCGCUGCCAUCGGGGCGCAUCUGGUCGCUCAACUGCUCCAUGGCGGCGGCGCCCGCCUCCAACAGCGCGCCGGGGGGCGCGCAGGGGCCGCCGCUGGGCAUCUCGUACGUGGCGUGGGCCGUGAUGGCAGCGUGCAUCCUCAUUGCGGGGGUCGCCAUCUGCACCGUCAUCAGCCGCCGAGCAUCAAGGCGAAGGCGUGAGGCCCUGCUAUACGCACACGGGUACGACCCGGCGGGCGUGCCGUGGUACCCCGACGAGUACGACGACGACAUGGAAGCGGACCUCGACCUCGACCCGCUCGAGGCCUACGCACAGCUGGUGGCGGAGGCACAGCAGCAUCAAGGGGGUGGCAUGGGCGGCAUGCCAGGAAUGGGUGGCAUGGGCGGCAUGGGCGGCAUGGGCGAGGAGGGCAUGCAGUUCGCCAUGCACCCCACCAACCUUCCCUCCGCCAUGCACGCCACCAGCCUUCCCUCCUCCAUGCACGCCGCUGCCUUCAUGGCAGCUGCAGCAGGCGGCGGGGCAGCGGCAGGACCAGGUUGCGCGCCACCUCUGGUGGCGGCCAGUGAGCGCCUGCCGUCCCCGGCCAGGCCGUCUCUCUUCAACCUCCCGUCCUUCUCUCGCCGCCACCCCGCCGCGCCCAAGCUAUCCCGCGCCAUCUCGGGCCCCAUUCUCUUCAAUGCUGCUGCCAGCAGCGGUGGCAGCGGCCCCCUCAUGCCGCGCCCGCCGUCCGGCCCGCUGCUGCCGCCCUCCGCUGCUGCCAGAGAGGCUGCCAGGCUGGGCUCAGGCGCUGCGGAGGGAGGUGCGGAGGGGACAGGGGCGGGGUGCGAGAGCAAGGGCGGGGAGGAGAGGAUGGAGGGGGACGAGGCGCCGCAGUCCAUGCUGGGGCGCAUGUUCCGGUCGGUGUCCGGGCCGCUCUCCGUCAUCUGGGCCACUGACCCCCGCCCGCCCGCACAUGCCACGCCGCACAACCCCUACCCCCACCACCCCCACCGCCUCUCCGGGCGGCUGCGCAUGGGCAGCGCGUCCGGGCGGCUGUCUGGGCGGCUGGCGUCAGGUAGACUGUCAGGCGCGCUGAGGCGAUCAGGAGAAUUGGCAGAUGGGGCAGCAGGCCGGGGGGGAGGCAGGCGGUUCCCGUCAGGCGAGCUGGGGGCGGGGAUGGGGCCGGGGGGGAGGCAGAGAGGGGCGUCAGGACCUAUUGAUGCCAUGGGGAGGCCAGCAGGGGCAGAUGCGAUGGGCAUAGGCAUGGGGAGGCAUGGAGGGGGGCUAGGCGGGGGCACACUGCCCCUGUCCCUGGCUGCAGGCAGCUACGCUGGCAGCUACGGGGGAGGCAGCUAUGGCGGCAGUUAUGGAGGCAGCCAUGGGGGCAGCAACCCGGGCAGCCAGGCGGGCAGUCAGCCGGGCACUCAGCCCCAGUCACCAUCCGGCAGAGGGGGUGGGAGUGGGGGAGGGGUGCGGCGCACGCUGACAGAGCAGGAGGUGGAGGCAACGACGGCAGCCGCCAUGGCAGCAGGGGUGGACCCGUCACUGCUGCACCAGAUGCACCUGCACGGCAUGCACCUCCCCCACCACCUGCCAUUCCACGCUGCUGCCACUGGGUCCGUCUCUCAGUCCUCCACUCAAGCCCAGUCGCAAGGGCAAGGCCCGGGCCAGCCCCAGGCGCAGGGGCAGGGGCAGGGGCAGGGGCAGGGGCAGGGGCAGGGGCAGGGGCAGGGGCAGGGGCAGGGCGCGCCGAUGCGCAUGUUCAGAGUGAGCUCCACCGACUCCAAUGACUCGGUGCACGCUCCCCACUCCGCCGCCGCCGCCGCCGCCGCCGCCGCCGCCGCCGCCGCCGCUGCUGCUGCUGCUGCCCAGGGGGGCGGUGGUGCGUUCGGGCUGCCCCGAGCAAGCAGCUGCGGUCUGCCAAGUGCAGGCACAGCAGGGGUGCCCGGCACCGGGGGGUCAACUCCUACGUUCAGGCGAGGGCUGUCCACCUCGCCCUCGCACCGUGCCGCCCUCGUUGCUGCGCUCUCUGCUGCUGCAGGUGAGGCCGCCUGCCAUGCCACCUCCUGGUGGCCGCUCGUGCCCAUGCUUUCGCCCCCCACUGCAACUCAACUGCGCAUCCUUUUCUCUCCUCCUUGCACCAUCGCACAAAGCCACCUUCCAAAACCCCACACUCUCCCCGCCCCUGACUUGUCCCCUCGUGUCACCCUCCCCCCCACGCCCCUCAGACCCGCUCUACCCCGUGGAGGACAGCGGUGCGGACUAUGCGCCGACGCCCUCCAUGCUCAGAUCCAGGGUACCGCCCCCCCUUGCUUCCACUGCAGCACCACUUGCUUGUUGCCCCCUGCACCUACUGCUCUACUGCUCCGCACGUCCUUCUCCCCCCCCGCUCCCCCGAUCGCCCCUCCCCCUCACCACUUGCACCCAUCUCCCCGCACCCCCUGCUCCCCUCAGAGCUUCCGCAUGGGUCGCUCCGGCCAGCUCACAGCGUCCGGCCAGCUCAACCCCUCCGGGCAGCUCAGAGUUUCCGGGCAGCUGCGUGCAUCGGGGCAGCUGCGGCGGCUGGCAUCCGGGCAGCUGCAGGUGCCGGACCACCUAAACAUGAAUGUGACUGGCGCACCCUCCUUCUCCUACUCCUACUCCGCCACUGGGCCCCCUCCCCACACUGCUGCUGCUGCUCCCUCUGGCUCCACCGACACCACUGCAGCAGUGGGGGCAGCAGGGGGGGCAGCAGGGGCAGAUCAUGUGAGGAUGUCAGGGCAGCUGGUGGCAGGGGGGCAGGUGCCUGCUUCUGGAGCCAUUGGUGCUUCAGGUACCAUCCCAGGGUCAGGCGCCAUUCCAGGUUCCGGCAUGUUAGCAGCGUCUGGGUCGGGGUGGGGUCAGAUGCCGCACUUCGCCCAGCUGAACCGGUCGGGGCAGCUCAGAAUACUCAAGCAGCUCGGCACGCAUGGCGCAGGGGCAGGCGCAGGGGCAGGCAUACCCAUGGCCAUGCAUGGGCAAGGGCAGGGGCAGGGGCAUGGUCAGCCGCGGCAGGCAUCCCCGCGUGGCGCGUCGCCAGGCAGAGGCAUGGCGUCCAGCGGCACGGCAUCAGCGGCUGUGCGCUUCUCCAACCCCCUCGCGCCCCCCCACCUCUCCGCCUCCUCCGGGCACCUCAACCAGCCCGAACGAGGCCCCAAUAAAUGGCUGCGACGCGUUCGCUCCAACGUUGGCGUGUCUGGGCAGGUUGAAAUGCCCAGAAGAGUGGCGCAAUCAGGGCAGAUGGUGAGAGUGCCCAGUGGUGGGGAGUAUUCAGCUGCCCAGGUAACCCCGUCCGGGCAGCUGAGACGAGGCUUUUCCUCCUUUGCAACUUCCGGGCAGCUUCGCAAUCCCUCGGGUCCGUUCUCCCAGUGGGGGCGGCAGGGGUCGGGGCGGCGAGAGGACUUGGUAGAGGCGGUGGAGCAGGCAGAGGUGGCGGCGGAGCAGGCGGAGAUGGCUGACUUCUACAGCAGAAUGCGCAGCAAGGCCACGUCCGGCCCCAUCUACUUCGGGUGAAAGCGGCUCACUGUUCAUUUUUGAGGCGCCUCAAAAAUAGUACAUCUCCUUAGGCCUGGUGUGCUGUAUGCUCUCCUAUAGCUCGCAGACCAGCGCAUGCUGCUGCAGGGAUAAUGAUGACCUCCGUCCAUCCAAAGAGGUGGAAUUAGUGGAAUAAUUUAUCAUAGAGUUAGUGUAGAAUUUGUGGGAUAGUCCUGUAUUGAUUUGU